AUGUCGACAAAACGGAGGAAAACUUCUGACGAGCCCAGCGCCCUCAAGAAGGCGACUGCUCCUUCUGCCCCCGAGCUAAAGAAGGAAAAGAAGGCCGUCAAGGAUAAGUCCUCCAAGGACAAGUCCACUACCACCACCACCACCAAGAAGGCCGAGAAGACGGAAAAGAAGCAGGAUGCGCCAGAGCCAACAGAGCAGUCACCUCCGCCGCCAACUCGACAGAAGAAGACUCCGCGACUCUCGACAAUGCCCCGGAACAAGAAGGCGAGGUUGAGGCCGUCAAGAAGACCUUCAAGGAUCUUGUAUGGAAUUGUCGAUGCCCUCUGCGAAGCUUGCGAACGUCUCGGAUACAAGAACCCCACCCCUAUUCAAGCAGAGUCGAUUCCUCUCGCCCUCCAAAACCGCGACAUUAUUGGUAUUGCCGAGACCGGUUCCGGUAAAACAGCCGCCUUUGCCCUCCCUAUCCUACAAGCGCUCCUCGACAAGCCACAACCUCUAUUUGCCCUCGUCCUUGCGCCCACAAGAGAACUGGCAGCCCAGAUUGCCCAGGCCUUUGAAGCGCUCGGCAGCUUGAUCUCGCUAAGAUGCGCUCUGAUUUUGGGUGGUAUGGACAUGGUUACGCAGGCGAUUGCUCUCGGAAAGAAGCCCCAUGUUAUCGUUGCGACUCCCGGUAGGCUGCUCGAUCACUUGGAGAAGACCAAGGGCUUCAGCUUGCGGAGCAUGCAGUACCUGGUCAUGGACGAAGCCGAUCGUCUCCUCGACAUGGACUUCGGUCCGAUUCUCGAGAAGAUCCUCAAGUUCCUGCCCCGCGAGCGCAGGACGUUCCUCUUCUCCGCCACCAUGUCCAGCAAGGUCGAGUCUCUCCAGCGCGCGUCGCUGCGGGAUCCCCUCAAGGUCAGCGUGUCGACUAACAAGUACGCCACCGUCUCGACGCUCAAGUCCAACUACGUCUUCAUCCCCCACAUGCACAAGGACACCUACCUAGUCUACCUCUGCAACGACGCGUUGCCAUCCUGCUCCGCACCCUCGGCAUGGGAGCCAUCCCCCUCCACGGUGGUCUCUCGCAGUCCUUCUCGUCUCGGCGCCUUGAACAAGUUCCGUGCCGGUUCCCGCGAGAUCCUCGUCGCUACCGAUGUUGCUGCUCGUGGUCUCGAUAUCCCCAACGUCGACUGCGUCAUCAACCACGAUCUUCCCCAGGACUCCAAGACCUACGUCCAUCGUGUCGGUCGUACUGCUCGUGCGGGCAAGUCUGGUCAUGCUAUCAGUAUUGUCACGCAAUAUGAUCUCGAAAUUUGGCUCCGUAUCGAAGCCGCUCUCGGCCACAAGCUCGACGAGUACCCCCUGGAGAAGGACGAGGUUAUGGUGUUCAAGCCCCGUGUCGAGGAGGCCCAGCGCCAUGCCAGGAACGAGAUGAAGUCGUUGAUGGAGAACCAGGGCAAGCACGGCGGCAUUCUCAAGCGGAAGCGCGGAAACGGCCAGGGUGGCGCUGGCGGCCGUGACCAUAUGGAUGCUGAGGAGGGUUAA